AGGGUAGAGUAUAUAACUGUAUAAGUAUUAUACUGGUAUAACAGUGCAGAAUAUCUGUAUACAUUUUAUAAGCAUCAUUGGAUUUUAAUGAAUUUUAUUUAAAAUGGAUGACGAGGAGUUGUUGCUGCAAGAUUCUGACGCUGACGAGCAUCAUCCAUACAAUGAGGGGGCACCGAAGUCUCCAAAUUUAAUCAAUUUAUCCUCAAUUGACCAAUUGACUCCAAUUACAAGGAUCCUGCAAGCAAGACAGAAAGACACGAUAUACACAAACGAAUCACCAGCAAUUUCUCCCAACCCAAGUCCCGCUGCAAACUUAAGGGUUCAGUUCAAAGUUCGGGAGUUGGAGCAAAAGGUGACCUCCCUUCGAAGCGAUAAUGAAGUUUUACAACAAGAAGUUCAGGGCAAGGAAGUUUUGGAAUCAAACUAUUCAACCUUGCAACAAACUAAUAAACAACUGGAACAACGUGUUGUAAAGUUAAAGGAAGAUUUGAACGAACAACGAACGUUAAACGAUGAGUUGUGUAACAUACGACCAGAAAGAGAUGAACUGCAGCAAAAAUGCAACAAUUUGCAAGAUCGUUUGAAAGAAAGCGAGGAUCGCAAAGAAGAAUGUUUGAUGAUGUCACGACAACUUAAGGAUAUUACGUCACAGCUUGAUCAAAUAGAGAAAGAGAACACCCGACUUACCAAAGAGAGGUCCAACCUCAUGGCCGGUUACACAGAGUUGAAUGAACUGAGGAACAAUUUGGAAGAAUGCCAGAACACAAACAAUGUGCAGGAAGCCCAAAUAAAAUGUCUUGAAGCUGAAAAGUUGAGGAUCAAGGAAAGUUACGCCUUUACUAAGGAAUUACUGGAUUCAUACAAACUAGAAGCACAAAAUAAAGCAAACGAUACACCUGAUUGGAGCCAGGGAGAACACAUGUCUGUGGUCACACAGUUCGAGGUGCAAGAGCUUAAUGGGAAGAUCAGUUUGCUGCAGGAGACAUGGACUUCUCCGGAGGAGACGGGGAAGAUUAAGAGUAAUAUGGAAGAUCUAAAGUCGUCUUUAACUUUGCUCCAGGAAGAGAUGGAUCAAGUGAGGACAGAGAUGAAGAAGAAAGAUGUUGAUCUUAAGAGCACAAGGAUGGUGUUGGAGGAUGUUCAAGAGAGGUUGGCAACCUCUGUUUUGGAGGAAAGAUCGCUGAGUUCGGAUCUCGAGAAGGCGAAGGUUGAUUAUCAUAGUUUGAAGAUCGUCCUUGAAGGUGAGAGAAGUCAGUUGUUUGAAGUGAGAUCGAUACUUCGUAAUGCCGAAUCAGAGAACAGGAAACUGAAUGAAGAUUUGGAAACCAAAAGCAAACAAAUAGAUGACGCUAGCACUAAAGUGUUAGAACUUGAAUAUCAAUUGGAAAAUAAAACUAAAGAGUUUCAAAUUAUGGAGGGACAAUUAGAGUCUGCUAGGCACGAACUUGAAGCAACCAAGACAAAAUUUAACUCUGCUAAACAAGGUUUACAGGAUUCCUUAAAAGAUUUAAAAUCUAAUUAUAACACCAAGUGUGGUGAGCUUGAUGCUGCUUUGGUGAAGGUUGCUGAUAUGGAAGAAGUCGCAUCUAAGUUGGAAGACGCUCAACACAGGUUGGUGGAGAUGGGGGAACAAGUUGAAGAGUUGCGAGCAAGUGAAAGCAAUCUUAAAGCGGAGUUAUCGACCAUGGAACACAGUGUUGCUGAAUGUGAUCAACUUAAAGAAAAUCUUGCACGGGUUGAAAAUGAUUUAUUGGUGAACACUGAUGAAGCGGGCAAUGAAAUAUACAAGUUGCAGCGCGAUUAUGAUGUGGUUGUUGAUGAGUUAGAAGUAUUGGAAGUAAAGCUUGAGGAGGAAGGCGUGAAAUUAGCUGAAUCUGGUAAAGAAUGUAAAGCUUUGAAGGAGGAAUUAUGUUCGGUAAAGGAGAAAGUUGGUUGUUUGGAGUCCGAGGUGUUGAGUGUUAGGGCAGAAGCCGAGAUGAUGCGAGGACAAAGGAACGGGUUCGAGGUGGAUGUAAAGAAUCUUCAGGAGGAGCUUGUGUCUGCGAAAGAAGAGUUGGAGAGAUUGCUUGAGGUUGGGAGGAGUCGGGAUGAAGUUCUGGAGGAGUUGAAGUCCAAGUUGGAAGAUGUGGUGAAGGAAAGGGAUGCUGGGAAGGUUGAGUGUGAUGGGUUGAAGUCUGAGGUGGAAGAUCUGAGGAUUAAGUUGGAAGAUAAGAUGUCUCAGCUUGAAAGUAAAUUAGAGGUGAUUGAAUUAAAUGAGAGAAUUGCUGGACUUGAGCAAGUGGGGAUUGAACUGGAGAGUGUUAGAGGAGAGUUAAACACAACUAGGAAAGAUUUAGAUAAAGCCACUAAUGAUUGUGCAAUCUUGGAGGAACAAAAUCUUGCUGUAACUGCUAGGGUUGAUGCGUUGGAGGAAAAGUUGGCAUCUCAAUCAUGUGAACAUGAUGUCAUUGUUGGAACACUCAAUGCUGAAUUAGAGGAACAGAAAUUGAUUGUUAGAAAUGUAGAGAAGGCCUUGGCUGAUGCGAAGAUUGCAAAAGAAAAGUUGGAAUGUGAUCUUCAGUCUGCUAAGAAUGCUAUUAAUUCACUUGAAGAUGCUAAGUUGAAGUCAGAGAUUGAGCUGUCUAAGACGUCCGAGGAAAAGUCGUCUGCUGAGGAGAGCCAGUUGGUGGAAGCAGAGAGCCAAGCUGCUAAACUUAAGUCGGAAAAUAUUGCCCUUAAGAGGGAGCUAGAGACAAUGAAAACACGAACAGAGAUGUUAGAGACGAGUUACUCAGCAAAGAUAAAUUCAAUUGGUGAAAAAGCAGAUUUACAUAAAAAGAUAUUAAUGGAUGAAUUGGAGGAAAAAACACUGGAGGUAGAAACACAAACUGCUGAAGCUGAGAGAGCUUGGAAGAUGAUAUCGCAUCGUGAAGUUGAAAUACGAAAGUUAAGUGAGAGGGUGAAGUCCGUGGAGGGCGACAACAAUGAGUUGAAGUCGCUUGUUGAAGCAUCAGGGGUUGAGAAGGAAGAGAUGGAGAGGAAGUUGUUGGGUUUGGUGCGAGAUCAUGAGAGUUCUAGGUUUGAUCUGAAGACGGAGAAGAUGAGAUCCAAGUCAUUGGAGCAAAAGUUGAUGCAAAGUAACCUGAGUAACUUGGAGACAAGCGAAAAAAUGAAUGUCUUGGAAUUAAGGUUGAAGAAACUUCACCAGGAGCACCAAUCUUGUAAAGCGACCAUCAACCAACUCCAAUCAGUGAAGGGUUCAACGACUCAACAACGGAUGGAGUCAAGAUUGGUUGAACUUGAAAGGAAGAUGAGAAAAGAUGAGUUUGGUGGCCGAGUUCGUGGAAACUCAGAUUGUUUUGAUAAUAACGGGAACUCAAGGCUUGGUUCUCCUGAUAGAAUGCAUCAAACGUCUUUUGACUUGAACACGCCGACCAAUGUAACUCAUGGUGGGGAAUAUGAUCCAUCAACAAUGCACACGCCAAGCAAGAUCUACCGAGCAGUAAGCGAGGAUAAUAUCGCCACGCCAACCAACAACGAGUUACGCUUCAUUGAUCACAAGAAAUCAGUCAGCCAUGAAUUCCUGAACGAUUCACUGGAGAAACCUUCAAGUUCACGGAGAGAAACAUAUUCGCACAACCCAACUUAUAAUUUAAACUCCACUCUUGAUGUUCCACAAGCAAGUUUCAGCAGGAGCUGUAUUAGUGUUGAAAGCUCCUUCAUGGAUCCCAGGUCUCCAAGUAAACAUCAUGCUUAUAGCACUGGCGAUUUAACCCAAGAAUGUCCAUUAACAUCAACGAAAGUUUACGAUCAAAGUCGUAAUUCUUCACAUUACAGCAUCUUGCAUUCAUGGGAUUUCCGGCAUGAUGAUAAUUCAAGUCCCCGGAAUCUGUUUGAGACGGUUCAAUUCAACCAAUCAGUCAUGCGCAACAGUUUAUCAACCCAAGAAGAACCAGACGAGCUUUACACGAAGUCCAUUCACGAUAGAACACGGGAGUUGCAGAAACGAAACGCAAAACAACGACCUCACCUCAAGUCCUCGUAUCCUAUUGAAACACAGGGUAAAACGCCGAGUAAAUGUGACGAAGCAGUUCGUCUCGGACGUGGCGAGCAAACACCGACUCAGCAGAAAAGCUUAGAAACAUUACACUCGCUGCCUGGUUUCCGUCGGGAUAGUAUCGCAUUUGGGGAAACACCCAUGGAGGGGAUGAAAAGGAAGGCGCUUGUUCCCAUGGAAACAACCUCGCCUAAGAAUCGAAGGGAAACGAUGACGUUACGAUCUUCGUCACGACGACAAACAGUGUUCGGGGGAAACAUGACGCAAACCAAGAAGGAGAGUCGUACCAACCCGAUCAGGAAACCGGUUUUAAUCGAGAUCAAGAACACACCUGUACAAAGCACACGCCGUAGACGACCUAAACCGAACAUGGCACAAGACAAAAGUGUUGCUAGGCGUGAGGGCGAUCGAACACCAAGUUUGAUGGACCGGAUUCGGAAACCGCUCAACAGAUUAAAGAAAUAAAUAUUCUUAAAACUUCUAAUUGUGAUCUAACACUUGCUAAUAUUCAUUACCAACACACGAUUGUAGAUCGUUGAUUUUCAUUAACACGUAAACAAUACAAUGAAAAAUAUAGAUAAACAUGAAGAAAUAAGUUAAAAGAAAUUUCUUUUUGUUCUGUAAUCUUGGCUUGGCAAAUAAGUGCGAGCGAAAAGUUAUGGCUCUUCUAUACCCUCGUGUGGUGAUCGUCGGAAACAUGAAAAGAAGGAACUUUGACCACCAGGGUGCGCCAUAAGCAUAGGGACCUGAUUCUUGUGCGUGAUGUGAAUCUGAAAGUUAAAUGAUGGUUUUAGUUUUAAUGUUAUGCGAGGUGUCUUAUUCAUUCCUUUGUAUUCUUGCUGUACUACAUAUGUGGCUUCAAUAAAAUCUAAGUAAUUUUGCA